AUGGAUUUCGGGUCCUUGGAGACUGUCGUGGCCAACUCUGCCUUCAUUGCUGCCCGGGGCAGCUUUGAUGGAAGCAGCACCCCGUCUUCCCGGGACAAGAAGUAUCUGGCCAAGCUCCGGUUGCCCCCGCUGUCCAAGUGCGAGAGUCUCCGUGACAGCCUCAGCCUGGAGUUCGAGAGCCUGUGCUCAGAGCAACCCAUUGGCAAGAGGCUCUUCCAACAGUUCCUGAAGACAGAGGAGAGGCAUGUGCCAGCCCUGGAGCUCUGGAAGGACAUCGAGGACUAUGACACAGCCGAUGAUGAUCUGCGGCCGCAGAAGACACAGGCCAUCCUGGCCGAGUACCUGGACCCACAGGCCACACUCUUCUGCAGUUUUCUGGACCAGGGCAUGGUGGCGAAGGUAAAGGAAGGGCCAAUGGGGAGCCAGGACGGCCUCUUCCAGCCUCUGCUGCAGGCCACGCUGGAUCACUUGAGCCAGGCCCCCUUCCAGGAGUACCUGGAAAGCCUGUACUUCCUGCGGUUCCUCCAGUGGAAGUGGCUGGAGGGCCAGCCCAUAGGCGAAGACUGGUUCUUGGACUUCAGGGUUCUGGGGAAAGGGGGCUUUGGGGAGGUGUCGGCCUGCCAAAUGAAGGCGACUGGCAAGAUGUACGCCUGUAAGAAGCUCAACAAGAAACGCUUGAAGAAGAGGAAGGGUUACCAGGGUGCCAUGGUUGAGAAGAGGAUUCUGGCCAAAGUACACAGCAGGUUCAUUGUGUCUCUGGCCUAUGCAUUUGAGACCAAGACCGAUCUCUGUCUGGUGAUGACCAUCAUGAAUGGAGGUGACAUAAGGUACCACAUCUACAAUGUGGAUGAAGAGAACCCUGGCUUCCCGGAACCACGAGCAAUCUACUACACGGCCCAGAUCAUCAGUGGUCUGGAGCACCUGCAUCAGAGACGCAUUGUGUACCGGGACCUCAAGCCGGAGAAUGUGCUGCUGGACAAUGACGGCAAUAUCCGCAUUUCUGACCUUGGGUUGGCCGUGGAGCUGAAGGAAGGGCAGAACAAGACCAAGGGCUACGCGGGGACCCCAGGUUUCAUGGCCCCUGAGCUCCUCCGCGGUGAAGAAUAUGACUUCUCUGUAGACUACUUUGCCCUGGGGGUCACAUUGUAUGAGAUGAUUGCAGCCAGGGGACCCUUCCGAGCCCGAGGAGAGAAGGUAGAGAACAAGGAACUCAAGCAGCGCAUCAUCUCAGAGCCCGUGAAGUACCCAGACAAGUUCAGCCAGGCCAGCAAGGACUUCUGUGAGGAACUGUUGGAGAAGGACCCGGAGAAGCGCCUGGGCUUCCGGGAUGGGACCUGUGAUGCACUGAGGGCGAACAUCCUCUUCAAAGACAUCAGCUGGAGGCAGCUGGAAGCUGGGAUGCUGAUCCCUCCAUUCAUCCCAGACUCUAGGACUGUCUAUGCCAAGAACAUACAGGACGUGGGUGCCUUUUCCACAGUCAAGGGUGUGGUUUUUGACAAAGCGGACACGGAGUUCUUCCAAGAAUUUGCCUCUGGCAACUGCCCCAUUCCCUGGCAGGAGGAGAUGAUUGAGACUGGUAUCUUUGGGGACCUGAAUGUGUGGCGCCCAGACGGUCAAAUGCCGGAUGACAUGAAGGGAAUCACUGUGGAGGAGGCAGCCCCUACAUCCAAGUCAGGAAUGUGUCUCAUCUCUUAGCCAAGUAUCCGAGGGAAGCAGGAGCUGGUGUGUAAAGAGAGGGAAGUGUACUGAGCUCAUGGGAAAAAUGCGACGUUGGUGUCAGCCUGUACAUACUCACUCCACCCAGAUCACCAGGCAACUGUGGCUUCUUGUGGAGCAAGCAAGACUUUCGGUCUAGACCCUACAGACUUGGCAUAUUUUUGUCGUAUUUCAUUCAAAAGCGACAAAAAGGCCACAGGUUGAAUAGUAAGAUACAAAUACUCAAAGAACCUCUGUGUAUAGAUGUGUGGCCAGGAGCUUGGAUGGUCAGAAACCCACAUUCAGCAUGGAUCUCCUAGUACCUUGGGUUAAUAUUUCAGGGCAGACCUGUUUGCUCCUGGUCAGUUCAGGGUUGCAGGCACUCAUGUAGCCCAAAGAGGGCUGUACCUGGGGGUCUACCCCAGACCCCUCCUUGCCUGCUUCCUGCCUCCUCAGCUGCCUUUACUGAUCACCACCUGCUCCAUGGACCCCAGUUUGGAGCUACUGAGUCUUCAGGGAGUAGAAAGGAUAGACUGACCUGGACUUAGCUGAGAGUCAUUGCCUCCUCUCGAGAAUGGAGACAGCUACCUCAGACAGCUACGGUCUCUGUCCUCGGCCAACGCCAUGUGUGGUAUAUACUCAAAUCGUCAUAGUCAUGUCACAUGUGAUGGGGGCCCAAGUCUUUACAUGCUAAUGUCAUGUGUGGCGGAUGCUUGAGCAAAGACAUGCCAUAUGUGGUGUACGCCAGAGUCCUCACACAGUCAUUACACCUGUAGUGGGCGUCUGUGUUCUCAGGCCAUCUUUGUGCCGCACAGCCUCUCCUCGUUUGUGAGGAAAGGUGACCGAUAUAUACCCAAUAAUUUUGGAAGACUGCUGGAUAAAGCCAGCACUGGACUGCAACACUGGACCGGUGUCCCCCAAGUUGUGUGGGGUACAAGCGUCUGUCAAGAGCAUGCCACCAAUAAACCCCAGGCCAGCUGCACUGUGGAGGAGUCCAGAUGUUGCUAUAGAGGUGCCUUGCACACAUGAUAUCCUAGGGACGAAUGUUGGAUGCUAAAGAAGUCCGUGCCAGGAUUCUGCUCUUCUUGGAGAAUCCGACACUGUGGAAUUGUGGGGUGCUCUGAGGGGUCCUUGGGGCAGUGUCCACACCUCUUGGACCAUGGCCUGGGACCCCUUGGGACCCAGUAGUCCUGUGGCUGAUUAGUGCUGAGUGCUGUAGAUAAGGCAAAUCUCCCAUCAUCCCUUCCCUGUUCACUCCAUCCUGCAGAGCAUCACACAUGUAUCAAGUCCUGGAUGCAUAGUUUAUUUUAUUAUAUUCUGGAGCUCAUUUGAAUAGGCUCUGGGUUGAAGACACUGGCAGUUUGGCUGGCUCAUCCUGGUCUUCAUGGGGGCAGAGGAGUGUGAAGAAGGUGGGUUUUAGCAGCUUCAUCAGGUUUGGGGGAGGCCUGGUCCUUGUUACACUAGCCGUCAUUCCUGUUUGCCCUGCCCAGAGCUCAUGGAGCUGACGGUGGAAGCUGUGUGUCUGCAUAGGCUCAGUGCCAGGACCCCCAGCCUGCACUAUAGACCAAAGAGCAAGACAUACUGUCCAUUUUAAAUUUCAGAGGAAUAGUGAACACUCUCCCAGGGUAAGUAUGUCUCAGCAGUAUUUGGGACACACUUACACUAAAACUAUUCAUUGUUUGUCCGAAAUUCAGAUUUAAAUGGGUGCUCUGUAAGUCUUUUCAAAAAUCUAAAUCCAGCCAGCCUGUUGCAGACCCAUCAACAAGAAGGGAUGGAACUGGGAGCCACGCUGCGUUGCUUUUCUGUGUCUCUUAGGGUCUAAUCGGGGAGGUCUCGUCUCACUCGGGCCCACUCACAUACGUAAGCUUGAGCGUCACUCAAAGAGAUACAUCCUAAGGCUCAGUUAGUGAGAACAGACACCCAGCAGCCAUGUUCUUGUUGUCCAUGCGGGGCGCUGCUAGCUUCAUCAGAGGGGUGCUGAGUGAAGGAUGGAUUGCUGGCUCUGUGCUCGCUGGGUGGAGAUUUUAGCCAACUGCUGUCCUAAAGGUUUCUUUGACCAUUUUAGGGGACCUCCACUGUAGGUGUUCUCUCAGGGAUAGUGACCUUUUGGCCUAAAGAGUUUCCCCCAUUCCCACUGUCCCUCCUCAUCCCCAGAGCUUAUAAACUCCUAGGUCCUAGAGCUCAGGUCUUGCUUGGACGCUGACCCCAGGGAGCUGCAACUUACCCAUUCUGAUUCUGACAGCUGCUGGCCGUCUUGGUUAUAAUCUCCCAGGAAGACAGCUAGCAGAGGACCAUCACCAGUUGAAAGAUGUCAUUGAUGCUGCUACACAAGCCUCUACAGGCCUCUAGGGACUCUAGAGACUCUACAGGAAAGGACCUUUUUAUCCUCAAGAUGAGGAGACAUCUCUCGGACUAGAAGCCUACCUGGGAGCCCUGUAAGAUACAGGCUGUCUUGUACCCAGGUCGCCAGCAUGCUGUAAACUGUUUCACGUUUGACCACUCAGAGAUAUACAGCUGGGGUGAGAUUCAUUUCUGCAAUGGCUCUAGUAAUUCUUCACCCUCAGAAGGGACCUGGUAGAGGAGGCACUUUAGAUGAGACAGAGAGGACUCUGGGAGUUGGAGGUCAUCUAGUGAAAGGCAGGAACCCACCAUGAACAGUAGGGCCGUGUCAGCUUUUGCUGCGUAUUCAAACUGGGUUUGGACUUCAUUCCUUUUUUUGGAUUUUAUUGAUAAUUAUAGGAAUAAUUAUCAAGGAUGAUGAAAUUCUCCAGCAGAUUUUCCAAACCCCAAAUCACGUCACAAGUGGUCUGAGGGGCUAAGCACCCGAGUCCUCAGCUAUGGUUUGAUGAAGGUUUUGUGCAUGCCCCAAGGUCUGUAUCUCCUGUGAGGUAGUGUGGGUAGUGGUGGGGCCUUUCAAAGGUAGAGGAAAGGAGCUGGUCUUUUGUGGGAGUUCUUUGGAAAGGCUUAGCUAUUUCUGUGGGGUUCUGUCUGGGCUGUAAGAGAGUGGAUUCCUCUAUGGGCGUGGGUCUAACCCUGAGCCCCCUGGCUUCCUGGCUGUCUACAUUCUCUCUGUGAGUCUACUGUGCCAUCACCAGAAGCCAACCAAAUGGGGCCACUCAUCUUGGCUUUCCAGCUUCCAAAACUGUGGGUUAAAUAAACCUCUUCACAAAUUACCCUGUCUGUGGUUUGUUAUAGCAAUAGAAAGUGAACUGUCAACUUUAGAAUUUUACCAAACAAUGUAGACUUCUGGUUCUAGACAAGAAUGGUAUAUACACACUGUGGUGGUUUGAAAAGGAAUGGCCCCCAUAGGCUCAUAGAUAUGAAUGCUUCAUCAUUAGGGAGUGGAGUUACUUGACAGGGAUUAGGAGGUGUGGCCUUGUUG